UUAAAACCAGCAUCUCCCAGUGCCACGAAUCAUGGUUUGAUUAUUUAAAUCAAUUUAAAAGAUUCCAAUCCUGCUUGGAUGUUGAACAUUGAUUGUGACAGUGUGCCUUCCAAAUUGUUGACUGUUGAAGAAAUUCAAUGGGGUCUCUUGUGAUUGGAAAAAUAUACUACAGAGGUUCAGUCCUAGUGAUAGUCAGUCUCAUCUUACUUAUUGGAGACAACAGCUUGAUUUCGCCUGUCCAUGGGAAGAGCAAUGUUCACAUAAUUUAUAUGGGCGAGAGACAGAGCAAGGACCCGGAAUGUGUCACUGAAUCACAUCAUGAAAUGCUAGAACUCAUUCUUGGAAGCAAAGAGGCUGCUUUUAAGUCAAUGGUUUACAGUUAUAGACAUGGCUUCUCUGGCUUUGCAGCCAGGCUUACAGAGUCUCAGGCUCAAAAGAUUGCAGGGCUACCUGGGGUUGUUCAUGUUCUGGAAAAUCGGUUUCAUGCACUGCAAACGACUAGGACUUGGGAUUAUCUCCAUCUCUCUUCUCAUUUCCCCACCAAUCUUCUACAUGAAACCAACAUGGGUGAUGGCAUUAUCAUCGGCCUCUUGGACACAGGAGUAUGGCCAGAGUCAGUGGUAUUUAAUGAUGAAGGGCUUGGGCCGAUCCCAGCUCGUUGGAAAGGACAUUGCCAAUCGGGACAGCUCUUUAAUGGCACAACAGAUUGUAACAGAAAGCUAAUAGGAGCCAAGUUCUUUAUUGAUGGUUUCCUUGCAGAAAAUAUUCAGCCAUUCAACACUACAGAUAACCCAGAUUUUAUGUCCCCAAGAGAUAAUAUUGGUCAUGGCACUCAUACAUCUACUAUUGCAGCGGGCUCAUUUGUGGCUAAUGCAAGCUACAAAGGCCUUGCUAUAGGAACAUUGAGGGGCGGUGCACCCAAGGCUCGUAUAGCCAUGUAUAAGGUGUGCUGGAAUGUACCUAUGGGCAUGUGCUCGAGUGCUGAUAUAUUGAAGGCCUUUGAUGAAGCAAUACAUGAUGGGGUUGAUCUGUUGUCACUCUCACUUGGCACUCAGAUUCCUCUGUUUGCAGAAGUUGACGAGCGUGAUGGGAUUUCAGUUGGUUCAUUCCAUGCAGUUACCAAAGGCAUUCCUGUUAUUUGUGCAGCUGCAAAUGAUGGACCUGCAGCUCAGACUGUGCAUAACACGGCUCCUUGGAUUUUAACAGUGGCUGCUACCACCCUCGAUCGGUCCUUGCCUACACCUAUUACACUUGGAAACAACAAAACAAUCCUGGGUCAAGCAAUGUAUGGAGGAAAAGAAGUCGGCUUUACAGAUUUGGUUUACCCAGAAAACCCAGGACUCCGCCCUGCAUUAGCUGGUGUCUGUGAAUCUCUUUCCUUCAAUAAUACUUCACCAGUAGGUAAAGUGGUUCUGUGCUUCACAGCAGUGAUUCGGCGAAGUGCAGUCACAGCAGCUGCAUCUGCUGUGAGGGCAGCAGGUGGUGUUGGUGUAAUUGUUGCCAGAAAUCCUGUUGAUGUGCUAGGUCCAUGUGCCAACGACUUUCCUUGUGUAGUGGUGGACUAUGAGCUGGGAACCCAAAUACUGUUUUACAUUCGUUCCACCAGGUCUCCGAUAGUGAAAAUUAGCCCGUCUCAAACACUUACUGGGAAGCCAGUGGCCACAAAAGUUGCAACCUUUUCGUCUAGAGGACCCAGUUCCAUUUCUCCAGCCAUUCUCAAGCCAGAUAUAGCUGCACCAGGUGUAAGUAUAUUAGCUGCAAGUUCUCCAGCAGAUCCUUUUAUGGACGGCGGGUUUGCGCUCCAUUCAGGAACAUCAAUGGCUGCUCCUGUAGUAUCAGGCAUUGUAGCACUCCUCAAAUCAUUACACCCCACUUGGUCCCCUGCUGCUAUAAGAUCAGCCAUUGUCACUACAGCUUGGAAGACAGACCCAUUCGGAGAGCCCAUCUUCGCAGAGGGAUCCCCUCGGAAACUAGCUAAUCCAUUUGAUUAUGGAGGCGGUCUUAUCAACCCACACAAAGCAGCAGAACCUGGACUCAUCUAUGAUAUGGACACACAAGACUACAUCCUCUACAUGUGUUCAGCUGGUUACAAUGAUUCUUCUAUCUCCCAACUCGUAGGAGACGUUAUUGUCUGUCCAAAUCCUAAGCCAUCUGUUCUUGACGUGAACUUACCUUCCAUCACCAUCCCAGACCUGAAAACUUCUGUGACACUCACCCGGACUGUCACCAAUGUUGGCCGUGUCAAUUCAGUUUACCGAGCUGUUGUUGAGCCACCAUUUGGUGUCACGGUGAGGGUGACUCCAAAUGUCUUGGUUUUCAAUUCUACUGCUACUAAAAUCUCCUUCAAGGUUGCAGUCUCCACCAGACAUAAAGUGAAUACUGGUUACUAUUUUGGAAGCUUGAGUUGGAUAGAUGGUGUUCAUGUUGUGUCUAGUCCGAUCUCUGUGAGAACACAGAUUCUCCAGUUUUAUACUGAUGAUAAUUGAAUGCUUUAAAUAAGUCAAUAAGAGAAUAUGUAUGAAUGAUAUAAAA